AUGGCACUCGCCGGCGGGAUGCCGCUGGGGCGCGAGGGCCCCUUCGUCCACGUCGCCGUCUGCAUCGGCGCGCAGCUGCUGGGCUUCUGCCAGCUUCUCCGCAGCGCCGGCGCCCGGGAGCACCUGCUGCAGGCCGCGGUGGCCGUGGGCGUGGCUGUGACGUUCACCGCGCCCAUCGCCGGGCUCGUCUUUGCGAUGGAGCUGAUGAUGCCACAUCUCUACGACAACGGGAUGAAGCGAAUCAGCUUCCUGGCCUCAGCCAUAGGCACGCUGGUCUUCAAGACCUUCUACAUGUGGGCCGGGCCGGGCACGCUGCUCCCACUGGUGUCCUCCGACAUGCGGGCAUCAGAUUCGGGCUCAGCGGCUACGGCGACCGUGCAAGAGUGGUUGCUCGUCACUGCCUGCAGUGGCGUGCUUGGGCUUCUGCAGGGGCUUCUGGGCGGUUUCUUUGUCCGCUUCCACGAGUGGAUGACGGUCGUCGUCAAGGCACUGCGUGGCAAGCCGUUAGUGCCAGACUGGCCAGACAAGAGCUCGCUGGGGUGGGACAUGUUGCUGCUCGCUGUGCUCGCCCUGGUCGGGGCUGUGCUGCAGCUCGUGCCCGAGUGUCCGCUCUUUGGCAUGGCUCCUGGUGGGGCAAUGUCGAAGCACCUGUUCAGCGUGAACAGCUUCGCCGACACCGACUUGGUCGUCCUUCUCUGCGUCUUUGUUGUGCGGUGGGUCCAGUGUAGUGUCUGCCUGAGCAUGCCCGUGCCCUCGGGCUGCAUCGCGCCGAUGCUGAUGCUGGGAGGCAUCAGCGGGAGGAUCUACGGCCGCGUCGCGGCCGAGGUGCUCUGUCCACGGAUCGGAUGUAGCGAGGGCAGCCUCACCUUCCAGAGCGCGAACCACCUGGCGGCCUAUCUCGCAGUGAUCGGCGCCAGCUCCUUCUCCUCUGCAGUCUGUGGGUGCCUCUCCAUCGUCAUCGUGAUGUACGAGCUGAUCGACCUCCCAAGGGAUGCCAUCGUCCCCCUGGCACUCGCGCACAUCAUCGCGAACUGGGUUGCUCGGAACGUGAUGGACACGUCCUCCAUAUUCGGAUUCGACGCACCCCUGAAGUUGGCGAAGCUCAAGGCACUGCCCGUGCUCAAUGCGUCCAAGGCGUGCCUGAAGAGCGUCUCCUCGCGCAUGCGGAGCAUGGACCAGGUGAGGGCGUUCGUGGUGCCCCGCCAGUGCACCAGCCAGGAUCUCCAGAAUCUGCGGGGCCAGCUCGAGCUCGCGCGCGCCAGGGACGAGUCGCCGCCGUCGGCGCUGCCCAUUGUGGAGCGCCUGCCGUCCUUGCCCUCGGGUGGGGAGUGCUGCGCCCUGCUUGGCGUGAUACCGGCCUCGUCGCUGGACCGCCUCGCCGCGGCCGUGGCACGACGCGAGGCUCCCGGCGCCGACGUGCCGAGCGCCGCGAGCUCGCUCGCGGCGGACGCGCUGGUCCUGGCCGGCCGGCACGGCCUGCUGGAGGAGCCGCUCGUGGUGAGCCCCUGGAUCUCUCUGCGGGACGCCUACAUCAAGGCGCAGAUGGAGUAUUUCCCACAGGGCGCAACUUUCAUGGUCCGGGACGGCGGCUUCUUGGUGGGGCUGCUGACGCAGGACGACCUGCUGGGCGUCUGA